AUGAUGGUAGAAGACAACAAACUUUCACUACCAGAUCAAACUCGAUUUAGACAUUGUGGAAAUCGCGAUUCAAGAGAACGGUCAGGUUUACACCAUCGUCUUUUUCAUGGAAAACGUAAUUCUACAACUUUUGAUAUAACAUCUGAGAGUCUGCCAACCAAACGACCACGUUUACCUCCUGUUUCAUAUCCAACCCUUACUAAAUCACUUGAUAAAUCACCAGAGGAGAUUCUUACUGAAAUGCUUGACCCAAAUUUUCAAUUAAAGAAAUUUUUAAAUGACAAACGUAUGCAAGAAAGAUAUGAUUGGAUUUCUUCAAUGACAACAUUGCUUGAAAAGAUAACACAUUGUAUUGAAUCAAGGGAACGUAUCACAAUGAUCUUGGAACAAUUACCUGACACCGUUUAUCUCGAAGGUGUUUAUAAUGAAAUUCGAAAAAUUGAUCCUGAUACAAAUCAAUUCAAUUUCAAAUUGAUUGAAUUAUUUCUUAAAAUAUCGAAUACAUUUCUGGCGAUGAUACCUCAUUCAGCUGAUGGUUUUACCAAAAUCUUUGAUCGGAUUGAAUUACAAUUCACUAAAAAUAAAUUUGAAUCACGUGAAUUCGAAGAUGCAAAAGAAAUACUUGAUCAAGUACUGGAACGAGUCAAAGAUACCGAAAAACUAUAUACCACGAAUAAGUUUACUACGCAACAUUAUAUUGGUCAACCACCCAAUAAUUAUCGUAAAUUACAUAUCGUUCCCGAUCUAACCGAACUUUUAUCUGAACAACGACCAUAUCUUCGAAAGAAUAUUGUUGAUGGCAUUUAUGAAAAUGCUGAGCAAUAUCUUGAUAUUCAUUUCCGUCUCUUGCGGGAAGAUUUUAUUGGCCCAUUACGUGACGGUAUUCGACAACAUUUAUCCAAAGUUAAAAGCAAAAAUUAUAAUGUACGAAUCUAUGAAAAUGUUCAAUCACUUGGCUCACGAUUGACUCCACGAAACGGACUUGUUUAUGAUUUACGCUUAGAUGCAAAACUAGCAUCAAGAAUUCGUUGGGCUAAUAGUCAACGUUUAAUCUAUGGAAAUUUAUUACUUCUUACAUUUGAUAAUUUUCAAUCAUGUGUAUUUGCCACAGUUGAAGAUCGUUCACAAAUCGAAAAAAAUUUUAUUAUCUCGAUUAAAACAUUAGAAGAUUUUGAUCAUUCCGAACGAAAUCAAAUUAAUCUUGAUAAAAUUGAUGCAUCAUGUCGUUUAACAAUGAUUGAAACAAUGACAUAUUUCGAAGCAUAUCGACCAGUUCUAAAUGCAUUACAAAUGAUACCUUCUAGUGAGAGAUUUCCUCUUGCUCCAUUUCUUCUAAAAUUAUCGAAUGUAAUAACACCACCAGAUUAUAUUAAGCCAACAACAACAUAUGAUUUUACACCACUUCUUAUUGAUCCGAAUUAUCGAAUCAAUUAUAAACAAUCACAUCAAGUGGAGAAAAAAUAUAAAACAGUUCGACUACUUGAAAAAGAUCAAUGGCCAACAAGUGAGCAGUUACAUCUCAAUCCAAAACAAUACGAGGCUUUGAUUCUAGCUUUAACCAAUAAAGUUGCAAUAAUACAAGGACGUACUGGAAAAACAUAUCUUGGUGUACGAAUAACAGAAAUGCUCUUACAUAACCAAUCAGUUUGGCGUCGACCUGGUGAACAAUCCACACCCAUUCUAAUGAUCUGUCAUACCAACCAUGCACUUGAUCAAUUUUUAGAAUUAAUUGUCAAUCGAUUAAACAUACAUAAUGGUAUUGUUCGUGUUGGAAGUCGAUGUCAAAAUCCAAAAAUUCAACAGUUUUCAUUGAAAAACGCACGUCAACGCGCUCGAGAGAAUCGGUCUCUACCUAAGGAUAUCUUUCAUGAAAAACAGCGAAUGCUAGCUGAAAAAGUAGCGUUUGAAGAAGCUUUAAAAUCAAAACAACAAGAAAUGGAAUGGACACAAACACAUAUAAUAUUAUUUUCAUCAUUUACUGAGCAUCUUAUUAUUGAUCAGAGACAUAUUUCAUCAUUAUUGGCACCAUUUCAUGAGGAUAUGCGUGACAUAGCACUAUUAGGAUGGCUUGGUUUUUAUCCUGACUUUGAACGAAUACCUGAUAACUUUAUUCAUCCAGAAAAUCGGGAAACGCAUGUUUUACCAAUGGAAACAAAUGAUACUAUGAUAGAAAUGCAGGAAGAUGAAUUCAAUGAAGAAGACGAAGAAGAAGAACGACGUAGACACGAUGAUGAUAUUAAUCUAGAAGAAUAUGAACCAACUACAGGACAUCUCACGGAUAGAAGAAUAUCAUCAAAAGUUGAGAUUAGUAGUAGAAGAGCAAGACAAACUGUACAAAGUCAAGGGAAUUAUAAUGAUAGAUUAAUCCGAUAUAUCAUUGAAAAUCCUACUACUCUAAAUAAUGAAACAGUUAAUCAAAUAAAUGAUAAUGUUUGGCAACUUAAUGAGCAGGAACGUUAUGAUUUAUAUCGAUAUUGGCUUCUCAAAUAUCGACAACAUUUACAGAAUUCUCUUGAUAAUCAAAGUAGAGAAUAUAAUGUAGCUGCAUCAAUUCUUGCUGAAUAUCGUCAAAAAGAAGAUUAUUAUCUUUUAAAAGAUAAUAUUAUCGUUGCUAUGACAACAACAUGUGCUGCAAAAUAUCAUAACAUUUUAGAAAAACUUCAAAGUAAAAUUGUUAUUGUCGAAGAAGCAGCUGCCAUAUUUGAAGCACAUAUAAUCACUGCUUUAAGUACCAAAUGUGAACAUUUAAUAUUAAUUGGUGACCAUGUACAAUUAAAACCUAAUCCAAGUGUCUAUCAUCUUGCAGUAAAAUAUCAAAUUGAUGUAUCAUUAUUUGAACGUUUGAUUAAGAAUAAAUUUCCAAAUGUUCGAUUAAAUAUUCAGCAUCGUAUGCGACCGGAAAUCGCUCGUUUGAUGAAAUAUUUCUAUGAUGACUUAGAAGAUCAUAUCAAUGUGGAAAGUGAACGAGCACCAGUACGUGGUGUUGAUAGUAAUAUAUUCUUUAUUAAUCAUAAUCAUAUGGAAGCUAAUGUUGAUGAUGGACGUUCAUACCGAAAUGAAUUCGAAGCGAAAUAUGUUAUUGAAUUAGCAGAAUAUUUAAUUAAACAAGGUUAUGAACCUCAACAAAUCACUGUACUGGUUAUGUAUCUUGGUCAAAGACAAUUCAUUGCUAAACAAGUAACAGAUAAUUAUCAAGGUGAAGAAAAUGAUAUCAUUAUAUUAUCAUUAGUGCGUAGUAAUCCAGAGAAAAACAUUGGUUUUCUUAAAACACACAAUCGAAUCUGUGUCUCUUUAUCUCGUGCACGUUGUGGUCUGUUUGUCAUUGGAAAUAUGACCUUAUUAGCAGAAGUGAAUGAGAUGUGGAAGCAAAUCGUUGCAUCUGUAUCGGCAACAAAUAAUAUUGGAAAUGGUUUAUCUCUUUCUUGUCGUCAACAUUCGAGAAAUAAAUUCAUCGCUGAUAAACCUGAAUCGUUCGCACAACGUCCAGAAGGUGGUUGUAGACAAACAUGUGAUGCUCGACUUCCAUGUGGUCAUCAUUGUGAACGAAUGUGUCAUAAUUAUGAUUUCGAACAUAAAGAUGUCGUUUGUCGUAAACAAUGUCCUGAACGAUUAUCAUGUGGUCAUUCGUGUAAAAAACGAUGUCAUAUUGAAACACCAAAUGAACAUGAGCAAUGCCGUGCUUUUGUUGAAAAAACAAUUCCAGAAUGUGGCCACCAAAUUCGUAUUGAAUGUUAUCAAACACCGACUGCCAGCAAUUGUAAAAAAUCAUCAUUACAACGAUUAGAUUGUGGUCAUGUUGUUGAUGUUCCAUGUCGGAUUAGUUCAUCGCCAUCUGAAUUAAAACAAUUUUUUUGUCCUAAACCAUGCGGAGAAAUGCUUGCUUGUGAACAUAAAUGUAUUGGAAAAUGUGGAGGUUGUCGUGCGGGAAAAUUACAUACUCCAUGCGGAGAAAAAUGUGAACGAGAAUUAAUCUGUUCACAUAUUUGUAAAGCAACUUGUGCAACGAAUUGUCCACCAUGUUCACGCACGUGUGAAACACGUUGUGUACAUUCUCGAUGUAUUGGUAUAUGUGGUGAACCAUGUCCUCCACAGUGUCGUCAAUGUGAUAAAUCGAGGGUAGAAGACAUAUUCUUUGGUACUGAAGAUGAACCGGAUGCACGGUUUGUUUUCUUACCUGAUUGUGGACAUAUAAUUGAGGUAACGUCACUCGAUCAAUGGAUUAAGGAUUUUGAGAAUGAUCCUGAUAAUAAAACAGCGAUUCGUUUUCCUGAAUGUCCACGUUGUCGACAAAAAAUUUAUCGAUGCGUAAGAUAUAUGCCUAUUUUAAAUCGAGUACAUGAAUCAAUAUCUCAAGUGAAAAGGAAAAUCUUAGGGAACAAAUCUCGACAAGAAAUGAAUUAUCGACGAACACAGUUGAUUGCAGAAUAUGAAAAGAUACAGAGGAAUUUAAAAGAAAUUAAUCUUGUUCAAUCCAUCACAGAUUUGUUUUCGAAAUUAUAUAAAGAUGAUCAAUUCUUUUCUGAUGAUAUGUUCAAUUUAAUGACAAAUCUUCUUGUAUUUCUUAAUGAAAUGGAUGCAAUUUUAAUUAAAGGACGGAAAAAAUUACAAGAAAGUGUGUUUGAAGAUCUAGUUAAUGCUCCAUUACGGCAUAUUGUAAAGUAUUUAUCUGCACAACGACAGGAUCGAAAUUUUGCUGAGCAACAAUUAAAAGAUAUUCAAUCUGAAUUCAAACGUAUUCAUCGAGUUAUUUAUAUUGAAAGUCUUGUUUCUUCAUUAAAACGAACUUUGAAAGAAGAUGAAAAAGAAUGUAUUGAUUCGAUGAAAAAUUUAACAAGAAAAUCUGGUCCAUUUACUGAUGAAGAUCGACAAAAAUUUGACGAUUUGGUUAAAAAAUUUGAACAGAUAAAUAAUUUACCUGGCUUAGGAAUAACUGAUCGUGAGCGAAUUGCCAUUGUUCGCGCAUUGAAUAUAUCAAAAGGACAUUGGUUUAUUUGUCCAAAUGGUCAUCCUUAUGUUAUAACUGAAUGUGGUGGUGCGAGUCAAGAAAGUCAAUGUCCUGAUUGUGGAGAACGAAUUGGUGGACAAAAUCAUCGUUUAUUAGAAACCAAUCAUCAUUUUGGUUCAAUGGAUGGUUCACAACAUCCAGCUUGGUCAAACGAAACAAAUUUAAAUUUACGCUAG